GAAGCUGACUAGAUCCGUCGCGCCACCGAGGCACAGAAGAAGAAGAUGAGCGAUCGAUCCUUAGAAUUUCUCCGGCCAACGGAAACCGUAGAGCUCGAAAGCGGACUUUUACUGGUCCCACGUGUCAAGCUCCUACUCACAGUCUCACGGGCCGACAAGUCGGUAUCGCCGGUCGACGAGUGGAAGCUGAAGCGGUCACUGAUCGAUUACCUGAAGAACACACAUUCCGUCACCGUCCAAGAGGAAGACCUCGAAGUCCGGAGAUUCAAGGACCUCAACAAGCGCAAGCGCGACGACCCGGUUGCUCGCGGCACCCUCUGUAUUCGGGACCUAGGGUUUCUGGCGAAGCUCUUGGCCUCGAAAUCGCAGUAUGAUGAUGAGAAGGAUGAAGUUAAGGCAGCCGAGAAGAACUUCCUGGAGUGGAGGAGAGGAAUUGUGGAGAGAAUGGAUGGUAUGGAGGUCAACAUUGAAGGAACUAAGUUCAAGCUGAGUGCUGUGCUGCCGGCGUCGGAUGAUUUCGAAGGGAUGAAGAAAGAAUGGGAAGAGAUUGCUGCUUUUGGCGGCCGAGGAUAUCAAAGGGGUUCAAGUAUGCAACCAGAUACACUUGUGUUGAGAGGUUUGCCAUCAAGGUGGUUUGCUGAGACAAGGGUGUCUUCGAAGCCUUCCAUGCUAGUCAGCCAUACAAUUUUUUCAACAUUUGGGAAUAUUAGGAACAUUGACGUGGCUGAGGACAAUUAUGUUGGUAAGGAUGUAGAAGAGGAUGGGCUGGACAUUAUUUCAGGACUCCAAUGUAAGAUUGUGGUUCGGUUCAAGAAGCACAAGGACUUCUGCAAUGCUUUGAAGGCGUUAUGUGGCCGUUCAUUGCAAAAGCAAGGGUCACGUUUGCGAGCUGAUUAUGAUGUCACUUGGGAUAAGGAUGGAUACUUCCGAAAUGAUGAAAAUCAAACAGGAGAAAGAAAUAGAUGGGUGCCUGCGAGGGAAGCACUGAAUGAAAGAGAUGAAGCACCUAGGAGUCGAUCACGCAACUUUAGUUAUGAGGAUGGCCGCAGAAAGAGAUUUAAGGAAUGAUGCUUCAAAAUUGAAAAUCUUAACCUGUGCAAGCUGACUAUGGAAGUGCUCAGUUUUCUGGAGAAAUCCCUCUUCCUCUUCUGCUUUGUGGAGCUCAAGCUUGAAGAUGAACUCUCUCUAAUGGUGGGAAUUACAUACCAUCCAAUGGAGGUACACAUAACUGCAAACGACCUUCCAUAAACAGCCAACAAAGCCAAAAUCAAGAUUAUAGCCACAGGCAAGUAAUACCUCGGCUUCUUCCAGUUUUCCCACUUCAUGACAUAAUUCAUCUUCUUCCAAGAAACACUCUUGCCCAACCUCUUCUCUUCACCACCAGUUUCUUGAGCUUCACCUGUGGACUGAACCACAUUCUGCUCAGCUUCAUCCUGGUCUGCUGCACCUUGUUUCUUGUUCUUUGACUUGACAAUAAUGGGCUUGACAUGAUUGGAGUUCAAGAAGGCGAAGCGGACAAAGGAGAUUUCAUCUGAGCCCAUCUGUGUGUAGAUUUUCUGCUUCAGGCCUUCAAGAUCAGCCAAGAGUGCAGAGAACUUGUCGAGGCCGCGAUUAGCAUAAGGGUUGUUGAUCCCUCUCCCCCUAUAAAAUGUGCCCUUCUUUGACCCCCUCCUGGGGGUUGAAGAUGGGCUAAGAAUAUACAUGUCAUCUUCAUCAGUUUGAAGAUGAGAGCUUCCACAAA